ACCUACGUCAAUGGCAUGGCGAUAGUCAUAUGCAUAAAGUUCGCGGAACUUAAUUAAUUCCAACGAGUAUCUAUGAUAAAAAAUAUCUUAGACCUACAAGGUCAAACAUAAACGAGAUGUAGAUCUCGAACCAGUUUCAUGUUAGACUACGGUGGAGCAGCUCGUGUGGACAUGAGGGCUGCCGUGAUCGCCGUGCUGUGUGCGUGCGUGGGGCCGGGCGGCGCGCAGCUGGGCGGCGCCCUGGCCGGGGGCGGCGCGCGCCUGCUGCAGGGCGCGCUCUCCGCCCUCACCACCCUCGACCUCGGCCUGCCCGCGCUCCUCGACACCAACACCGUCGACAUGGCAGACCAAAUCAUAUCUCAAUUCGGCGACACCACGAACGAGGAUGCGCGCCUCGACAUAGUCGCGCUGCUCACCAAGUACGGGCAGCGCGUGGAGACGCACUCGGUGCGCACGGGGGACGGCUACCUGCUGCGCAUGUUCCGCGUGCCGGGCAACGGCUCGGCCGUGCUGCUCAUGCACGGGCUGCUGGGCAGCGCCGACGACUUCGUGCUGGCGGGCGCGCGGCGCGGGCUGGCCUACCGCCUGGCCGCCGCCGGCCAUGACGUGUGGCUCGGCAACGCGCGCGGCAACAAGCACUCGCGCCGCCACGCCACGAUGCGCCCCGCCGACCCCGCCUUCUGGGACUUCAGCUGGCACGAGAUCGGCACGCGCGACCUGCCGGCCAUGAUCGACCACGUGCUGCGGACCACGGGCCGGCGCCGGCUGAAGUACGUGGGCCACUCGCAGGGCACCACCAGCUUCUUCGUUAUGGCGGCGGAGCGGCCCGAGUACAACGACAAGGUGGCGCUGAUGGUGGCGCUGUCGCCCGUGGCCUUCAUGUCGCGCGCGCGCUCGCCCGUGGUGCGGCUGCUGGCGCGGGGCGGGCCGCUGCUGCAGGGCGCGGCGGCGGCGCUGGGCCUGCACGAGUUCCUGCCCGACAGCCCGCUGGUGCGCGCGCUGCGGCGGCUGGCGUGCGGGCUGGGCGCGCUGGCCGAGCGCGUGUGCGGCAACGCGCUGUUCCUGGCCACCGGUUUCGGCUUCGACCAGCUGGACGUGGGGAACCUGCCCGUGCUGCUGGGCCACACGCCCUCCGGCGCCUCCAUGAAGCAGUUCGUGCACUACGGCCAGGGGGUGCUGUCGGGCGACUUCAGGCAGUUUGACUAUGGAGCUGACGGGAAUUUGGAAAAGUAUGGGACAGAAGUGCCCCCGAGCUACCGGCUGGACCGGAUCACGGCGCCCGUGUCGCUGUUCUACAGCGACGCUGAUUGGCUGGCGCAUCCGGACGAUGUCGACGAGUUGUACAACAAGUUGGAUAAUUGUAUCGACAUACACAAAAUUCCGCACAGCCAGUUUAAUCACAUCGAUUUUUUGUUUGGAAAAGAUUGUAAUCAGCUAGUUAACAAUCGCCUUAGUGAAUUACUUGAGAAUUUUUAACCCUUACAGAAAAUAAAUACUUAUUCGUAAGCUUA